AGUUGUUUUGAUAGUAUAUUAUUAGUAUUAUAAAAUUUUGUUUUGUUGUGUUUUAUGAAAAAUAGACAUUGAUUAUCAUUUACUAAAAUGGAACGACGUAUUAAAAAAUACAUGCCAAAAGAUUUCAGAUCAAUUGAAAUAAAUGCACUUAAAGCCGGUAUUAAGCAUUUAAAUUACAAAGAAGACAGUGAAAAAGGAUUGAACAAAAUUGUUGACAGAACCAAAAAAUAUCGUAAAAAUGGAUACGGUAAUAGCAGUGCAGGUAAAAUAGAUGACGUCAAAAUGAAACAUGCAAAUGCCACUAAAAAAUGUGGACAAGGAAGUUCCACUGCUGGUAAUGAUGUUAAAAAACAAUCGAAUAGAAUGAGAUCUGAUGCGGUAAAAAUGGACUGCCAUUUAUUUAAAACUGAAAUUCCCAAUGCCCUUGCAGAACUCAUUACCGCUAUGAACGGGUGCUUGAGCCAAUAUAUAUGCAAGACAGCCAAAAUUCAAAAAAUGACGGUUUCGUUCUGUUUCGGUAAAUCGAACAGCCAGAAACUAUUUAUUUAUGGUAGUGAGAAUGGUAUGAGGUAUGCGAUGAAAUUAUUGAAAAAAAUCCUGUCUAAAAUGGUACGAGAGUUCAGUGUAAAAUAAAUCUUUUGUUUGAAGCAAUUAAAUUAUAAAUGAUUAGUUCUUUAAAAUGAUAUUGUACGAGUUUUUAUAUUUAAAAAUUAUUAUUAAUAAAUUAUUACUUAUUUGA